UCUGUGAAGCUUCUUGGACAUUUAACUUGACAUGUGUCAACUGUCAAGUUUUAGUGUAAAAUUGCUGAAGUGGGAGGCGUCGUUCGAAUUUUCAGAUAUUUUGCAAAUAAACCCCUAUAAAAAUGAUUCGCUUUAUUUUGAUACAAAACCGUGCGGGUAAGACUCGGCUGGCGAAGUGGUACAUGAACUUCGACGAUGAUGAGAAGCAGAAGCUGAUCGAGGAGGUGCACGCCGUGGUCACCGUGCGCGACGCCAAGCACACCAACUUCGUAGAAUUCAGAAACUUUAAGAUAGUGUACCGGCGCUAUGCGGGCCUGUACUUCUGCAUCUGUGUGGAUGUGAACGACAACAACCUGUGCUACCUCGAGGCCAUCCACAACUUUGUGGAGGUGCUAAAUGAGUACUUCCACAAUGUGUGUGAGCUCGACCUAGUCUUCAACUUCUACAAGGUGUACACAGUGGUAGAUGAGAUGUUCCUGGCGGGGGAGAUCCGGGAGACGUCACAGACCAAGGUGCUGAAGCAACUGCUCAUGCUCAACUCUCUAGAGUAAUGCACAGUUCUAUCUGAAAUUAUCGGUUUGGUAUCUCCGCUCGAUGGUUAUAUGUUGGGCAAGUUAUUGUAUAUUUUUACUCUCUUGUGAGUAGCAACGUAAUGUGGUGUUUGUAAAAUUUAUAAUGGAACUAGAUUGAGUUGAUUGUUUGAGAAAUUUCCUGAAGCAAGAUUUAUUGAUACAAGAGUGAUGAUGCUUAGCAAAGUUUAAGAUGUUGGAUAGCUGAUUUGUUUCUUUUGUCACCAAUGAUUAAUGUAAAGUAAGUGUUAAAAAGAAGCUUGCUAUUUAUUAUAGAAGUAGAAGUUAUAGUAGCACUGGUCAUUACGUCAAGUGAUUGUAUUGUUCUUCAACCUUAAAGUCAUGGUAUAUUGUUAAAAAUACACAAAAUGGUUAGCAGGAGUAACUGAUGGCGGUGGUUGAAAAAUCUCAUAAAUAUAGUUGAAUAAAAUAUUUAUUUACUAAAUUGCUUUGUUUAUACAAAUAAAUUACCUAGUAAGUAGGGAAAUACUCAUUUUCAUUCCAUGAACUGUUUCAAAUAUAGACAUCUUGUAUAUAAAACUUAUUAUUGUAAGAAUCACAUUA